AUGUCCAAUGUAACUGUUAUAACUGGAUUCAUCCUUAUGGGGUUCUCUGAUAUCAAAGCCCUACAGACUUUAUGUGGAGUGUUCUUCCUAGUGAUGUACAUGGCAGCCCUAAUAAGUAACCUGAUCAUCAUCACUCUCAUCACCCUUGACCUGCAUCUUCAAACACCUAUGUACUUCUUCCUGAAGAAUUUGUCCAUGUUGGAUGUCUUUUUUGUGUCUGUUCCAAUCCCAAAUUUCUUUAUCAACAGUUUAACACACAACAAUUCCAUUUCCAUUCUUGGAUGCGUCUUCCAAGUGUUUUUAAUGACUCCAUUUGCAGCAGGGGAAGUAUUUAUCCUGACAAUUAUGUCCUAUGACCGCUAUGUGGCCAUUUGUAGUCCCCUGCACUAUCAAACCUUAAUGAGUAGUGACACAUGUUUGCUUAUGGUGACUGUUUCCUGGGCUAUUGGAAUAUUGAUUGGAGCCAUAUAUACAGCUGGCACAUUUUCCAUGCCUUUUUGUGGCUCCAAUGUGAUCUCACAGAUUUUUUGUGAUAUUCCCUCAUUGCUAAGUAUGUUAUGCUCCAAAACACUUGUGGUUAUUUAUUCAAGUCUUGGAAUUGGUGUUUGUGUAGGCAUGUUUUGUUUCAUCUGCGUUGUGAUCUCUUACUCUUACAUUUUCUCCACUGUACUUAAGAUUCCUACCACUAAAGGUCAGUCCAAAGCAUUUGCCACAUGCAUCCCCCACCUCACUGUUUUCACUGUUUUCAUUGCUACUGCUUGCUUUGUCUAUGUGAAACCACCCUCAUAUGUGCCAUCAAUUACAGACAGAGUUUUUUCUGUACUAUAUACUGUGUUACCUCCAACACUUAAUCCUGUCAUCUACAGCCUGAGGAACACUGAUGUCAAGUGUGCUCUGAGAAGGUUGCAGCAAAAUCUCUACCCAAGGGCUUCACUCCAUGUAAGACCUUAA